AGACCCGGAGAGGCCGCCCGGAAGCCGAGGGGAGCUGGGGAGCGAGCGCCCUGCCCGCCGCGCACCUUUCCUGCCCGCGGCGGCGCGUCCUGGCACAGAGCGGGGCGCGGGGCGCGGGGCGCGGGCUGCUCCCGGGGCUCCGCGCCCAGCUGCAGACGGAGGGCGGCGCGGGAGGAGGAGGCGGGAGCGCGCGAGGGCUCGGUCCUCCGAAGUGAGCCGCUCCCCGGUCUGCGGAAGCCCUUUAGCUGCAGCGGCGGCGGGAGCGGCAAAGGUGAGCGUGUUGGAGACGGGAUUCCUCGCCCGCGCGGCCCGCCGGGGCUCGGCCAUGGCAUCGGUCCUGGGCACCAGCAGAGCGUCCGGAGGGCUGAGCGGCCAACUCAAAUGCAAGUCCAAGCGGCGGCGGCGGCGGCGGUCCAAGAGGAAAGACAAAGUAAGCAUGUUGUCAGCCUUCAUCGCUCCCUUCAAGCACUUAAGUCCCGGGGCCACGAACACAGAAGACGAAGACCGUCUAAGUACCAGCAGCGCCGACGUGAAGGAAAACCGGAACGUGAGCAACCUGGAGGCGCGGCCCCUGCCCGUGGGCGACAGGGCCAGAGGCGGCGUGCCCGGCGUGAAGAGGAAGAGGCCCCUGGAGGAGGGCAACGGCGGCCCCCUGUGCAAGCUGCAGCUCAUCUGGAAGAAGCUAUCGUGGUCCGUGGCGCCCAAGAACGCGCUGGUGCAGCUGCACGACCUGCGUCCGGGCCUGCAGUACCGCACGGUGUCGCAGACCGGCCCGGUGCACGCGCCCGUCUUCGCCGUGGCCGUGGAGGUGAACGGGCUCACGUUUGAGGGUACGGGGCCCACCAAGAAGAAAGCGAAGAUGCGGGCGGCCGAGCUGGCCCUGAGGUCCUUCGUGCAGUUCCCCAACGCCUGCCAGGCCCACCUGGCCAUGGGCAGCGGCGCCGGCCCGUCCACGGACUUCACCUCGGACCAGGCCGACUUCCCUGACACGCUGUUCAAGGAGUUCGAGCCGGCCGCGCCCAGCGAGGCCUUCGCGGGCCGCCGCCCCCCCGAUGCCGGGCUGCUGUCGUCCGCCUGCCGGCGGGGACGGCUGCUCUGCCACCCUCUGGACCUGGUGGGCCCGGCGCGGCCAGACAGGCCCAGGCCGGGCCCCACGGCCUCCGGCGAGAGGAACCCCGUGGUCGUGCUGAACGAGCUGCGCUCCGGCCUGCGCUACGUGUGCCUCGCGGAGCCGGUGGAGAAGCGGCGCGCCAAGAGCUUCGUCAUGGCUGUGAGCGUGGACGGCAGGACGUUCGAAGGCUCAGGACGCAGCAAGAAGGUGGCCAAGGGUCAGGCGGCUCGGGCCGCCCUCCAGGCUCUCUUCAACAUCCGGCUGCCCGGCCGCGUCCCCAGCGGGAGCAGAAGUCACCUCUUGCCGCAGGAAUUUGCAGACUCCGUGUCCCAGCUGGUCACGCAGAAGUUCCACGAGCUGACCGUGGGCCUGGCGUCCAUGCACGCGCGCCACAAAGCCCUGGCAGGAAUCGUCAUGACCACAGGCCUGGACGUGAGGCAGGCGCAGGUCAUCGUGCUGUCCUCGGGGACCAAGUGCAUCAGCGGCGAGCACAUCAGCGACCAGGGGCUCGUGGUGAACGACUGCCACGCGGAGACCGUGGCCCGGAGAGCGCUGCUGCACUUCCUGUAUGCGCAGCUGGAGCUGCACCUGAGCAAGCGGCGGGAGGACUCGGAGCACUCGAUAUUCGAGCGGUCCAAGGGCGGCGGCUACCGGCUGCGGGACAACGUGCUGUUCCACCUCUACGUGAGCACGUCCCCCUGCGGAGAUGCCAGGCUCCAUUCGCCCUACGAGAUCACCACGGACCUGAACAGUAGCAAGCACGUGGUCAGGAAGCUCCGCGGGCACCUGCGCACCAAGAUCGAGUCUGGGGAAGGGACCGUCCCCGUCCGGGGCCCCAGCGCGGUACAGACCUGGGACGGCGUCCUGCUGGGUGAGCAGCUUGUCACCAUGUCCUGCACGGACAAGAUCGCCAGGUGGAACGUGCUGGGCCUCCAGGGCGCGCUGCUCUGCCACUUCAUCGAGCCCGUGUACCUGCACAGCAUCAUCGUGGGCAGUCUGCGCCACACAGGCCACCUCUCCCGCGUCAUGAGCCACCGCACCGAGGACGUCGGCCAGCUGCCCACCUCCUACCGGCACAACCGGCCCCUCCUCAGCGGGGUGAGCCACGCCGCCGCGCGCCAGCCGGGGAAGUCUCCGCACUUCAGCGUGAACUGGGUGAUGGGCAACGCGGACGUGGAAGUCAUCGACGGCACCACCGGGAGGAGGAGCUGUGGGGGCUCAUCGCGGCUCUGCAAGCACGUGUUCUCCGUGCGCUGGGCGAGGCUGUACGGAAAGCUGAGCACGCGGAUCCCGAGCCACGGGGACACGCCGUCCAUGUACUGUGAGGCCAAGCGGGGGGCGUGCACCUACCAGUCGGUCAAACAGCAGCUGUUCAAGGCAUUCCAGAAGGCCGGGCUGGGCACCUGGGUGAGGAAGCCGCCCGAGCAGGACCAGUUCCAACUGACUCUCUGAGCCCCGGACACCACGCUCCUGGAGCAAAGCGCGCACGCGCGCGGCGGGGGCAACAGGCCGUGCUCACCGGCUCCCCGCGCUCUCGCCCUUGGUGCUCCAGGAGCACACGCGUGGUCAGUGUUCCGUGGGCAACUAGACUCGAAGUAGGAGCUGCUUCUCACGUGGCUGUUCCCACGCUGCCAGGACCCACACUCCCCCAGACCUGAAGGCCCCGGGCACGGCCCAAUCUCUCCUGGUGUGUCCGCAGGAAAGUUUCCGUUCAGGCUGAAGGGUCGUAGGUGCAGCUGGUCCCGCGGUGCCUGGGGUGCCGCUCCCCACACCCCCUCUCCGUCCCCGCACCUCCAGUGUCUUCACUGCCCCCCCGACCCCACACCCCAGCCCCCCACAUCUGCCCCCCAAUCUGUCUCCCUGCCCCACACCCCCAGCACCACGUCUGGUCCCUUCCUUCCCACGCCCCCAGUGCCGCGUCUGCCCCCCACCCGCCCCGCACCCCAGCACUGCGUCUGGUUCUCAGUAGCACAAGCCGGCACGAUACUUCAGGAUAACCCACAACGAAGAGAAAAGCCAUGGGCUCUCCCCAAAGAAGCCAACAGGACGCUCUACCAUCCUCAUCGUUCACAUAAGUGUUUACUCCACCUCCCUUCAAAGCGGAUUGGAGACGCGCAGUACUGAAGAACCCUAAACUCAGACCAGAGAAACGAAGACCCUUCCAGCAGCACCCAGUUAGCUGAGACACAGGCAGGACUUGGGCUCCAGGACCAAGUGCCACAGACCCUGCAGACACCACACCCAUCCCAGACCCAGCGCGGGCUCCACGGCAGACGUCCAUGGCCGCUGACCACGUCUGUGGCAGCCGCGUCCGGGUUAGCGACCACCCAUAUCUCCUCAGCAGGUAACAAGGGAACCACGUCGCAGACCACGCUCCGAGAGCUCGAGUGUGCAUCAGAGAGCGAGCCCAAGGAGUGUCCACAGCAGCCCUUCCCGGGGCUCGAGCAGCUGCGAGCUCUCCACGCUUAGUGGAGAUCAGCGCCUGGCGCGGCCAAAAUGCACACAGCAGCUGCUGAGCCUCAAGAGGCAGGAUUCUGUCCCCUUCCAAGCAGGCGUGGGACAUCCCGACCAUGGCACCCUCUCUAGGAGCGCCGCGGGCGCCAAGUACGCCACAGACAGGCAUCCUCUCCCACGCCGUCGGUCCGUCCAGGUACUUGAACUGUCCACGUGGACCACCACGAACUCAUCUCUGACAUCUGUCAUGUGACUGACAGGCCUCUCAUUUUCCCCACAGAAGAGCCACUCCUGAAACUCACUAGGCCACGCAGCCCGGCUCCGGAGCGUCCCAUCCUGGGGCAGGGGCGUCCCGGAGGGGUUUCCAACCGGCCAGCCCUGCGUGCACACCCUGACCAGAGCGCAGGACCGCCCCUUGGCCCCAGACCCAGAAACGGAGGAGCAGUGUGCCGCCCGUCACGUCGAGAUCGCGGAUGCGACAAGGAGACCAGCAGGAGGCCACAGGAGUCGCAGACAUGCGCUGUGGACAAGCAGGGGUGCCGCUGCGGGGACCAGCUCCUCCGGGCCGUCACACGGCUCAGACAUCUCAUUCGCCUUCUCUUGGGAGAGAACAUGGGCACACAGCACACAGUUUCCUCAAACAAAGUUAUGAAAGAUGGGAAAUGUUUCUGCAAACAGAUGAUGCACAUUAAUCUUUAGCUCGACACGAAAGCUGGAAUCACGUGGCCGGUUUACAUUAGCUUCUGGCCAUCGGACAUGUUACCGGGAUGAAACAUGGAUGGACCUGCUGGCUGAGACUCGGCCUGCCCUUCUCUGAAGCCCACCCCCGGAAAGUACGGACGCACAGAGGACAGCCGCCAGGACCUUCGACGGCUCCCGUUCUGAGCCCUCGCUUCUCCCCUGCGCUCCAAACCACGCCCCUUCUGGAGUGAGGAGACGGCCUAGCAGCACCGUGCAUGACAGAGGCAGAUGGACCCAUCCACCCAUGGCACCGCGGGGACCACCCAGACGAACCAACCCCAGGGGCGCGGACAGUACCACCUGCCCGACACCAGACACGCCAUGAUGGCUCUCAGCUGCGGCUGCUGGCCUUCCAGAAAAUCCUACACUCCACCAAACAAUCUCCUCCUGGGGAAAGCCACAGCCACCGGCGCCAGCGUGGGGACGCGUCUGUUAGGUCGGCAGGGACACCCGGCAGGAGAGGGUAAGGCCCCGCACAACAACUGUGUCGGGCCAGAGGCGUUCCCAAGCCAGCGGAAAGCUGUUGAGAGGCUGAGUUUGGCCGGGGGCCACGUGUCCAGGAGCAAGGACGGAGACGCACAGGGGGCAGGCAAGGCAGGACUGCGGGGCCGGGUCACCCACAGGAGGCCAGGUCGCAGGGCUCUGCUGGUGCAUGUGCUGUAGCUGGAGGGUGAGGGGGCGCCAGCCCAGAGACGAGGCCGUUGGGGAGCCUGAGGGUCUCACUCUGCUUCCAGCCCAAAGGAACACCCAGCGCGGCUGGAGGCCAGGCCAACCUGCGUUUUCAGGGGCAGUCAGAGUCCUGAGAGGUACCCACAGACACCUCAGUGCCGGAGGCUUCCCCAGGAGAGCAAAGCUUGGGCCUGUGACCUUGGGGCCACCUCCUGGCACCCUAAGGCAGCAAAGGCAAGACCCACGGGGCAGAGGCAGGAGCCUGCUUGUGUCUAGGCUGUCCUGACCGCCGCGCUGCCCGUCUGAGCUGCCUCACACCUGGCGGCCCCAAGUCCUUCGUUUCCCACGUCCUGUGCCGCGUCUACAUGUCUACCCAGCCCCGCUACUCAAGUCCCGAUCAGGUUGGCUCUACUGGCACCUGCCUCAAGGCACACACUCCCAGCAGGGAGAUCACCACCGAGGCUUCCCGCCUGGCUCAGUCCGCAGCACGCAGCCUGAGGGGCAAGCCACCGCCCGUGCAGCUCUGCCCGCCCGUUCUCACUCGAGGUUUCACCGCAGGGACUGGAUCGAGGGUCUCUUUGGUUUGGGUUUCUGCCCACGAGAGGGUCUGCAGGUCUCUAACUCCUGUUCCUCCUGUGGGUCUCUUUAAGUCUGUAUAUACCUACACGUUACUACUGAUUUUGUGAGUCUUGUUGUUCCUCGGAAACGUCAUGUUGAGUUUUUCCCACGUAAUUUCUCAUAUAGUUUCCUUUUCACCAGAAGCUGUUCUUAUCAAUACAGUUAAACGGUUGUUUUGAGGAUUUUUUUUUUUUGUGUAGUGUUUACCACGUCUGGAGAGCCAUAAACAGUCAAUUCAUGGUAUAUUGAUGCCCAGAAUAGAAUAGAGUAUUUUGAUGAAAUGCUAUUUUUAGAUUAUAAAUUUCAAGAUUUGUCUAUAGUAUCUUGUUUUAAAAAAUUUAAAAAGAUAUUUGAAACUUAGACAUUUUUAAUUUAGGGAAAUGUCCUACGACUGUUUUUUUGAGAAGCCAUUCGAAUGGAAUCAUCUAACUGACCCAAAACAUGACAAAUGCUCCUUCCUAACAGAAACCAAAGGGAAGAGAGGACUACGGCCUCUGUUGACAGAAGUAUCAGCUGCCCUCAGCAAACCAGUGUCCCUGUUCCGGCUGGCCCACCACCUCUCCUGGUGGGAGCCCUCGCAGCCAUAGCGCAGCCGGGCUCAAGAAGGACUGCUUGGAAAGGCUGCCCCAGCUUCAGGCUCUUGUGGAGCUCGCAGGCAGAGGGAAAGAUUUAAAGCUCUGUGUCUCGGGAAAGGCAGUACCACCAUCCGGCGGCACUGGGCUGGGACAGACCUGCCUGUCUGGGGUUGCGCUGGGGGCCCCCCAGGCCAGAGCUGGGGCAAGCGUGCCGCUGUCCGUGGUCCUGCACAAAGGGCUGUGCUGGCAACGCGGGGACCUUGCUCGUUCCUGUCAAACGUCUCCCACAAAUUCUGAAUCAGAUAAAGGAUUGCGAGGGGUUGGGGGUGUAGAAGCAGAGGCAGAUGCAAAAUGCACAGGGUGUUGGAGAGGGGCCCGGAGAAGAGGGGCACGUCCCAGUUCCUGGAGCAAGGAGACCUGUGACCCAUCACCACCACCGUGUACCUCCCAGCAGGGCCGCCUCUGGGGUUCUCCCUCAUCUUCCUCUCCCUCCCUUCCCUCUCCUGUGUCAGUGCCUGUUCCUCCCUACACUCUUAAUUCCCCGGCAUAGCCGAGAACCAGUCUCAGGCCUGGGUACCUCUGAGCGCAGCCGUGCUGGCCUCACAGGUCCCUGGGACUUCAGCCCAGGGGAACUUAGUGGAGUCCUUUCCUGGACUCCUGGAACACAUCCAUCAGUGUGAGCUCCCACCACAGGGACACUGAUGGGCAGGUCUCCAGAAAGUUAGAAUAACAGCAUUCCCGCAGGGGACUACAGACCGUGUCAGCCCCCGAAGCAAGAAAUACCUUAUUUUCCCAACUCUUCGUUGCACAUUCAGACUUGCAGGGAUGAUACAGAUACAAGGAUCGGGAUUCUACGGCCUCGUUUCAUGCCGGCACUGGGUUUCUACUGCUCUGCAGUAUAUGCGUCCAUAAAAAACAAACAAAAAACACACCUUCCCAGCAGUGCCCAGUUAGUUUUCAGCUAAUUUUCAGCAUUUUUUAAGCAAAUGAACUUAAUAUAUAGUAAUUCUUAAGCAAAGGUAUGUACAUAAAAAGCAUGAAUGAAAGGCAAUACUGGAUAUACAUUUGUAAUAUUUGUAAAAAAAAAAAAAUCCAAAACCUUAAAGUAUUAAUUUACAUGUUAAUUUGCCUCCAAAUUCUGUAUAUUGCCCUUCAGUGGUAUCUGAUAAGUGAAUGUUUCCGUUAAGUGAAUAAACACAC